AGGUAAGCCUCAGAUAUUAACGAGAAAGAUUAAUAAGAAAGGACGUGUUGGCAUCUCGUUUCAUUCAACAACACGCUCUCCUGACUUCUCUCCGAUCUAGGGUUUGCUCACACCGACAACGAUGAUCCAGCUCCUCUACUCGGUGAUCUUCGCCGAAAUGGCCUUAAUCCUCCUUCUCCUCUUCAAGACGCCUCUCCGGAAGCUAAUCAUCCUCACCUUCGAUCGCAUCAAACGCGGCCGCGGCCCCGUCGUCGUCAAAACCAUCGGCGCCACCGUCUUCGUCGUUCUUAUGUCCAGCGUCUACAGUUUGCUUAGUAUCCAACGCCGAUCUGAGGAUGGUGCCGUCCUCAAUCCUACCGAUCAGGUCCUCGCCUCCAAGCAUCUUCUCGAAGCUUCUCUCAUGGGGUUUGUGCUAUUUCUCUCGCUCAUGAUUGAUCGGCUACACCAUUACAUCAGGGAGUUGCGGUUGCUUAGGAAGACAAUGGAGACUGCAAAGAAACAGAACAGAAGUUUCGAGGAUGGCAAGAACACGAGCGGGGAAGAAGUUAAAGCGCUCGGGGAAGAAAUCGCAGCGUUUAAGGCAAAGAUCAAGAAAUUAGAAUCUGAAAGUGAAAGCAAAGGCAAAGAACUGAAAAGUGCACAAGCUGAAACAGAGGCUCUGAGAAAAUCAGCUGAUGGGUUUCUCAUGGAGUAUGAUAGGCUGCUUGAGGAUAAUCAGAAUCUCAGGAACCAGUUGGAGUCUAUCGGCCAUAGCCCAGAGGGAAAGAAGAGUAUGUGAAACAGAGAAAUACAAUGGUAUUAAUGUAAUAUUUUCUUUUGUAGAGCACAAAGAAACUUUAGGAAAUGUGGAUUUUCUGAUCUUUGCUUUCUUACAUUAUGAUAUGUUUUCUUAUCUUUGAAAAUACUUUAAUGUGUUUUGAUAUAUAGUAGACAUAAUUGUGGUAUA